UAUAAACGUGAGCUCCCUACCGAAGUAUUCAGGUGCUCAACUUGUGUCUCCUACCAACUUUUAACAGAAAAAAAAACUUUUGAAAGAAAAAGUCAACGCUUCAUUAAAGAAUGACCAUCUCAGCUUUUCAAUGUCUUCUGUUUGCAGCUCUGUGUGUCCUUGUGGCCUCAGAUAUUAAAGUGAUCUUGGAUAACGCAAAGGUUAUAGCUAAAGGAACUUUCUCCAAUAAGCUGUAUUACAUUUCUAAGCCACCUGUUGCCACCUUUGCCCAAGCCAAGAACUGGUGUACUGCAAACGGAGGAGGUAAUCCUGCUGAGAUAGAAAGUCUUGAAGAGUUUGCAUUCCUGGAAUCGCUAGUCAAACCAAACAGUGGCCUUAGAGUGUUCAUUGCAGGCACGGACGCCAAGAAAGACGGCACAUGGGUCAGUCAACAAACUGGCAAACAACUGAAUGUUUUUGAUUGGUCAUCUGGAGAGCCUAACAAUUACGAGAGGCAAGAAGAUUGUCUUGAGCUGGUCGCUGACAGGGCCGGCAGGUUGAAUGACGUUCCAUGCAAUAACCCGAGUGGAGUUUUUAGUGCACUGUGUGAAAAGGAGUUGUUUUAAAAAAAUAUUUUGAUCUUGUCGGCUAAAUCAUGAGAUAGAAAUAAAUUUUGCUGAAAUAUC